GUAGGAGUAAGAGUGAGCCCAAAAAGCCCAAAUUAUCAUUCGAACGCUGGAUGGUUCAGCCCCUUACCAACGCAUGUGCUUCGGUUCUUCCGCAUUCAUAGAGACGAGAGACGAGCGAACGAGCGGCACGGCUGCGACCAACCCAACGGCAACUGCUGCUUCCGCCAACCACGCCCUGUACGGCUGCCACUGUCUCCGUCCGCCGCACUACUCAGGCAGUUGAUGCAGGACUCCAUUUUUUUGGUUACUAAUUCUGUGAUUUGUUUCCCUACAAUUUACUUGGAAUUUGUAUUUGACGACGCCACAUCCAGCCGUUCUUGUUGGGUUGCAGUGGCAUCAUUCCUUUGUGUUGAGCAACCGGGGUGGAGAAGGGGAGGGGGUAGAGGGAGGGGCGAUAGCCCCCCAAAGGUCUUUAUCAGCACGAGAAAAGUCAAUUCUUGUCCAUCAUCCUGGUUCUACUAGAAUUUCGUCUUUUUCUUCAUUGUGAGGGGAAAAUAUAUGAUCUUUGAAGUUUCACUGUGAGUGCUAAGAGAGAUGAGGACAGAGAGUGUCAUUUUAGAUGGGAAGAAAGGAGGGGGAGGAGGCAAUGUGGAGGUGAUGGAUACUCCAGAGAGGAACAAGAAUGCCCAGAUAGCAACACCCUUAUCCAAAUUCCAGGACUCUCCUGUGUUCGAUUUUCUUAACAGCCUUUCCCCAAUACAACAGCCGGUCAACUCUGCUCAGAUAACUCAGACAUUAAAUUCCCUUAGUUUUGCAUCUCUUCCAAUGGUUUUUACUUCACCUCAUGUGAGCAGCUCAAGGGAAUCAAGAUUCCUAAAAAGGCAGCAACUAUCUGACCCAUCAAAGGCAGAGUUUUCUUCUGAUAGUAAUAGAGUUGAGAAACCUGAGGACAUUGAAUUAAGUGUUGCUAAUAAUGUCAGUAAGCAACAUGAAAAUGUUGAUCCUGAAAGUUGCAUUCUCGACCAACUAUCAUGUGAAUCUACAAAGGUUGUGGUUGAUACGGUAAGAUCAUUAGAUUACAAAUCUAGCAGUCCUAAUUCCGACCCAUUGGGUCAAAAGAAGGAUUCUAUAGGAGGCAAGGUGAAUGGAGUGGACGCAGAUAGUUAUCACAAAGCUGAUAAGGACAAAGAGGCUACAACAAGGCGUGAAUGGGAGAAUUUGAUGAUAACGGGUGGUGCCGAUCUGUUACUCUUUGAUUCACCCAAUGAUGCAGAUGCCUUCAAGAAAAUAAUGGGUCCCACAAGUCCGAGGCCCGUUUCCUUGGCCAUGAGUGAUGGAGCACAACAAAACAUGGAAACAUUUUGUGGAUUAGUUGAAGGUGGGGGAAAUGAGACCCAGAAUCAAUGUACACAUCCCAUCGAGGGAUGUGAGGUGCAGCAAGGUGAUGAAACUAUAGCCAGAGUUCCAGAUUCUUCUAUGAAUAUCAACAUGAUAGGAGGACCAAAUGAAACAGAUGUUGAGAUGGUCUCUGGGCUAUACCGUGGGAUGAGAAGGCGUUGUUUGGUCUUUGAGGCAGGCGGGGCUAGGAGACAGACUUUAAAUGACAGUUUAGGUUCUGGUUCUUCCACAUUAUUGGCUGAAAAUGAUGAAGGAAACAUUAAUACCUCAAGUGAAAGGCGGUAUUUAGUUGCUGGAAGUGAUUCUUCUUCACGUUGCAUCGUACCUGGAAUCGGGUUGCAUUUGAAUGCCCUUGCUGGUGCAACCCCUAGGGAUGGUUGCAAGAAGGGAUCUUUUUCUUUGGGAAAGCAGAUAAGAAUUGGACCCAGUUCGGCCCCCAAUUAUCACCAUCCAGUAGAUACUACUGCUAGUCAAGAAUCCUUGGCCGUAAGGUCUUCUUCAGAAACAGUCCCAUACGAAAAUGGAGUACCUUCUAAUGAAGGAGAUGCAUGUAUGGAAAAUAGAUCUUUUGGUAAUGACGAUCUCAAUCCAACUAGUCCAAAGAAAAAGAAGCGUAAAGCGGAACAUAAAGAAAGUGAAAGUUGCAAGCGCUGCAACUGUAAGAAAUCAAAGUGCUUGAAACUUUAUUGUGAUUGUUUUGCGGCCGGUGUCUACUGUGUGGAACCUUGUUCGUGUCAAGGGUGCUUUAACAAACCUAUUCAUGAAAACACCGUCCUUGCAACCCGCAAACAGAUUGAGUCAAGAAAUCCACUUGCUUUUGCUCCCAAAGUGAUUCGUACCAAUGAUUCUAUGCCUGAUAGUGGGGAUGACUCCAAUAAGACUCCUGCUUCAGCCCGACAUAAAAGAGGAUGCAACUGCAAGAAGUCUGGCUGCUUGAAGAAAUACUGUGAAUGCUUUCAGGGUGGCGUUGGAUGCUCUGUUAAUUGCAGAUGUGAAGGCUGCAAGAAUCCAUUUAGUAGAAAGGAUGGCUCAGAACCUGAGCUGGAAGAAAAAGAUACAGCUAUCAUUCCUGAUGGGAGUUGGCAGAAGCUUGUUAUCCAUAAUGAAAUUGAACACAUUCCUGAUUCAGUUCUACCUUCAACUCCAAUACGAUUCAAGAGAGUGCCAAUGCAGUCCCAGUAUACCUCCAAGAACAGGCCACCUCGGUCAUCAUUUCUUUCAGUUGGAUCUUCAUCUGGAAUGGGAAAGCCAGGCUAUUUUGUUCAUUCUGUACCAAAGUUUGAGAAGAAUCAGUUUGACACAAUCGAGGAUGAAAUCCCAGAAAUGCUUCAGUCAAAUACGUCCCCAACCAGUGGGGUGAAGUCGGGAUCUCCAAAUAGUAAGAGGGUGACCCCCCCUGACAGUGUGUUUGGGACUUCUUCUCCGGGACGAAGGAGUAGCCGCAAGCUGAUCCUUCAAUCCAUCCCCACUUUUCCUUCUCUCGCUCCAAAUCAGUGAGUGCCUGACUUCCCUUGCCUGUGGCGAAAAUUUUCAUGUAGCUAUAAGUGAGAUUCUUUUUUUCUUUCUCCUAGAUUCCCGGCAUGGGGUUAUAUUUGUAAAAUACGGAUUAGCAUUUAUUGCUCCCAGAAUAACCUUGUAGUCUCGUCCUUUCAAUAAUAUGAACUUGAAGGGUGAUAGUUUAUUACUUGUUUAUAUUCAACUAACUACUGCUGUUGGUAUGGA